AUGGUUUACAUGGUUUUGCGUUUCGUGAGGGGUCCCGGGUGUACUGUGGGGGUCCCAGGUGUCCUGUUGGGGACCGGGGUGUGCUGUAGGGGUCCCAGGUGUGCUGUGGGGACCAAGGUGUGCUAUGGGGUCCCUGGUGUGCAGUGGGGGUCCCAGGUGUGCUAUUGGGGAUCAGGUGUGUUGUGGGGGUCCCAACUGUGCUGUGGGGGUCCCAGGUGUGCUGUGGGUGACCGGGGUGUGCUGUGGGGGUCCCAGGUGGGCUAUGGGGGACCGGGGUGUGCUGUGGGGGUCCCAGGUGUGCUGUGGGGGUCCAAGGUGUGCUGUGGGGGACCGAGGUGUGCUGUAGGGGUCCCAGGUGUGCUGUGGGGGUCCCAGGUGUGCUGUGGGGGAUCAGGUGUGCUGUGGGGAACCGGAAUGUGCUAUGGGGUUCCAGGUGUGCUGUGGGGGUCCCAGGUGUUCUGUGGGGGUCCCAGGUGUGCUGUGGGGAACCGGAAUGUGCUAUGGGGUUCCAGGUGUGCUGUGGGGGACCGGGGUGUGCUGUGGGGGUCCCAUGUGUGCUGUGGGGGACCGGGGUGUGCUGUGGGGGUCCAAGAUGUGCUGUGA